GCAGUCGCGCGGAUGGGCGAAGGCGGCGGGCGACCGAGCGCGAGAGGGCGAACCCUCCUUGCGUGUCUGGAAGCUUCCCUCAAGUUGCAGCCUCUCUCGCAUCCGGCUUCAUUAAAACCCGCUCCUAAACCCUAGCCGCCACCCCACCCCGCCCGCGCUGCAUUCAUUCCCCUCGAUCCACAGCCCAGAUGGCCAUGCACCGCGCCGCCUCGCUCGCCAUCCGCCGCCUCGCCGCCACAGCCGCGGUGGCGGCGGCCUCCCCGAGCCCGGCGCUCGUCCUCGCCCCUCUCUGGCAGCCGGCGACGGCGGCCGCCACCAGCUCCAGAUUUCUCAUGCAGCCCAUUACUACGAUGGCUGGGGCUCCGUGCGCCCGACGCGGGUACGCGGCAAGCGGCGGCGCGGGGCGGAAGGCGGCCAGGGCGGUGAGCGAGAGCGAGGAGGAUGAAGACGAGGAAUUCGAGGCCGUGGGCAGCGACGGGGAGUUCGACGGCGACUUUGACGACGAGGAUCUUGACGAAUUCGACGACGAUGAUGAGGACGACGACGAUUACGACGCCGCGCCCAAGCGCGGGAGGCGCUAAGCGGCGGCGAAGCUCGGCUCGGUGCUCUGCUUGUUGUGCUUGUUUGGUUUCUUUGCCUGAUAUAGAGAAGGAAAAAACACAUGAAAACAAUAAGUUUAGAAGCCAUUGCUUCAAAAAAAACUUUAGAAGUCAAUGGAUCGAUCAAUCGGCGUUGAUGCGUUUGUUGUAAUCUUUUUUUUUUGAGGGGAUGUUUGUUGUAAUCUUAUUGCUUGAUUGGGUUAAACAGAUUUGGUCACUUUUGUCACAUUGGA